AGAUUUGUUGUGGUUCUGUUGUAUCAGGAAGAAGAUUUCAACUUAGCUCGCUGGCUCGUUGUUUUUUGUGUUGUUUUACUGUAACUUCUCUUGUAUAGUUGUAACAGGUUAGUCAGGUUUUGUGUGUUAAUCGCUGGCAGGAGAAACUGUGAAGCUGCAGCUGGUGUUUGUGUGUUUGUGGUUGUUAUGAUGCUGUAGUCAGCUAACAUACAGUAGCUAAGGGACAAGGUGCAGCAUGAAACCCACGAUAAUGAGGCAGUGUGUUCUUCAUGGACCCAGUGGAUCAUGUCUCUGAUCCUGUUUGCCUUUGUGGUCCGGGUCAGGGAUGGACUCCCCCUGUCAGCCUCCACAGACUUUGAACACAACCAGGAGCUCCAGGAGAGGAAGCAGCAGCUCAGGACCAUCAGCAAGGCACUGGCCCGUUUCCCUGACAGAGGGACCGUCAAGGGCCAGGAGCUCAACAUACACUUCGUCUCGUCAGAGGGUGUAUCCUACAUGACCGUGUGCCACUGCAGCCUCCCUGUUGCUAAGGCCUUCUGCUUCCUGGAAGAUCUGCGCUGGGACUUCACAGCAUGCUUCAAUAGCACUGUUGUUGCCUUGGCAAACCGGCCAUAUCCAUUUUUGGAAUUUGACAGCACCAUUCAGAAGCUGAAGCAGCAGUACAACCAGAGCGGCGGUCCGGCCCUGGAGGUGACAUUGGCAGAGGUCCAGGAGGAUCUCAGGAUCCGUCCACCACAAAUAAUUCACUUGGAGGAGGUGGAGCUCACCAACGGAAUUGCAAAUGGGCAUAUGGAGCAAGGUCCUGGAUCUGGUCAGAAUGUAAGACUUGAACCAGUGACGGCGCCAGGCAUCCUCUCUCUGGUCCUAAAUAUCUUGUGUGCAUCUUUGAACAUAAUCCGCGGUGUUCACCUUAUAGAGUACACAUUCCAGGACGAUUACGAAGGAAUAUGGAAUGUUUUGGCAUUUCUUCUGGCGUUUGUCUGCUGUGUGUGCCAGUGCCACCUCUACCUGUUCCAUUCAUCUCUGAAGAAACACAAGUCCUUCACUCUGUUGAGUGUGAUCGUCCUAUGCAACCUCUACCUGCUUGGCCUAAGGAACGUGUGGCAGCUGAUCUUCCACAUUUCAGUCGCCUCCCUCUCCACCUUCCUCAUCCUCACCCGCAAAUUCCAAGACAGAACCAAUGACUGUGGGGUCUGAGGAGCAGAGGACGGUUUAUUGCGCUGCACCUCUCACGGCUCCAGGUGAGAUCGACAGGGAAGAAAAUAGCUUGAUCCACAUGAGGUAUGAAGAUGUUCAAUUUUGUGUCUUCAUGGGAAAUUCUAAUUACAAGUGAAUAUUUUCUUGUACUUGCACUUUGUGUACAUUGUUUCCGAGACUGUAAAGUAUAUACAGUGAAAUGCAGUUCUUUCUGGAUCCUUAACAGUAUCUGGUUUACCUUAAAAAUAACACUGUAAACGGGAAAGCUUAAAGGAGAUGUCUGUUUUCUCAGUCAGUGCCAUCUUGUCCCAAAAAGUUAUUGAACAAAAUGACAGGAAGUUUUUCAGUCAGAGUUUCUGACCAAAGUUUUUCAUGUAGAAACAAUAAUUUAGUUUAAUCACAGCGAAAACUGUCGGCCGUGCUUGCUGUGUUUUUUUAUCAAGAUACAUUUCUGCUCACAUUCAGCUCAGUAUUAUUUCUGCUGCCACUGGCCAUCGAUUAUUUAUAGUUUACGACGCAAAAUGUAACUGACAUUAGAUCUAAUUGUCCUUUUUAAAUAGGCACAAAUGGCUGAUUAGCAGACAAUUAGGUCGUCCAUCCUGCAACUGGUAGCAGUGUGAUACAUAAAGUCUUUAGCGUAGUUUAAUUUAAAAUCAGUGGCAGUCAAGUAAAGAGGACAGUGCAGCUGUUGUUAUUUGUUUUUUAGGCUACAGUAAAAACCUACUGCAGAGGUGGGAAUUUAAAGCUAUGGGUUGUUUCAUGCCUUACUGUGUGUUUAAUUGUGUUGACUUAUAUAUAAAUACACCGGCAAGUGCUCAGCUAGUCUUUGCAAAGGUUUAAAUGUAAGGGCUCCGUUAUUUAAUGACUCAAUGGGAAUUACAUUCUACACAGAGGGACAGUCAGUCUCAUGUCAGGCAUAUAAUCAUUAUUAUAUUAUUAUUAUUGCUAUUUUCAACAAAGUUUGUGAUCAAAAGAGAAUUGUAUCACAUCAACUCCAGUUUAAACUCACAUGAUCAAAGCAAAUUUUGGUAUUUUAGUUUGUUUCCUCUUUUUCUACUGUGUAUUGUCAAAAUGUAAACUGCGGGUGAAAGAAUGAAAGCACUGAUUUUAUGGGUAAAAUAGUUUUGCAAUUUGUUGGAAAAACAUUUUGACUGCACUAUUAGGUUUAGGUUUGUUUUUUUGUGUUGGUAUGGCAAUUUGUUUUUGAAUGUGUUGCAUAUCAGGUUCAGCUAAAAUGAUAUUUAUAUUCUGGUUUAUGUUUACUUGGUUGAUUUUUUUUAUUUUUAUUCUUUCCUUCCUUUGUGGUUUAUAACGCCGCUCCAAUCUGUAGUUCUCAGAUUGUUAUAGACAUAGAAAUCCUACGUAACAUAAUCUAUGUUUCAAUAUAGAACACAAUCACAGUAGCGCUGCUAAGUAACAAGGCUAAGUAUAAGUCUUCUUUUAGUUAUUUUUUUAACAGUUUGUGUAUCUAGCUUCUUAGACAUCCAGUUGCACUAAUGUCCGUUAAGCAAGGGAAGUGAAUUAUUAGUUUAUAGUGUUUGUCAGAGCAAGUAGCAUUGUGGCAUUGUGUCCUUUACAUCAAAAUAUCCCCUUUUAUCAAGAAAGUUAGAAGAACUUUUAAAGGAAAACAUCUGACAAUCCAAACGCCCUUCACUAAAAUAAAUAGUUUGGAAAUGUCACUUUUAGCUUGUAGUUUACAAAGUUUACAAAGAGUUAGGAAAUGGAUGUUCUCACAGGAAGCAUUAAAUGUAGCUGCAGAUUACCCAGUUAAGCAGACCCAGCAGAUUAAUACAUUUUAAAUUGUUGUGCUCUCCAGAUAUUUUGGUAAACUGCUGAGAGUUAGACGGUGAACGGCCUUUUGAUGCUGUGUUCAACCACAUAACAGAGGAGUAAACCCUUUUUAAAUUAGGUUUUCUUUGACUGGGUCAACGGAAAUUUACGGACAUUUUGAAUACAAUGAGUAAGUGUUUUCAUGUUUUAAUGCUGCAUGGUAUUUUCUGUGCAGGACAUUGACGAUACUAUAAUAUUUUUGAUACAAAGGAGGUUUUACUGACUCUACUGUAGACUACUAAGUUGUUGACCAAAUGAAUUGUAAAAUAAUGUCGCCACCAAUGUUCUAAAGAUGUAGAACCAAAUAAUGUGGAAGAUAUUUUCUGACUUGAAGUUAAAAUGAAGAAGAAUUAUGUUGAUAAUGAAGGUUUGUAACAUACAGUAGAGAUACACUGUACAUUUUAAACAUGUGGCAGCCUUUUUGUAGUAUAUAUAUAUUUGUUUUUCUUUUGUCAACAUCUGAAGUUUUAAGUCUAAUCUGAUUACAGGGCACGGUUUGGAAGUAAUUCAGGUUCAGAAGGGCAACCUGAUGUUUAAUAGGACAUUUUCUCUUCAAUACAAAACGCAGUCAGCAGAAUGAAGUCAUUUGUAAUUAGACUCACAUACGGUUGAUUUUAUUGUAUUUUCUGGCUGCAACAAGUUUGUGAUAAUGGGAAGUAAUGUAACAAUGUCAUUCAUUGUAUCUGCCAAAUACUCUGGUGAUUACAGGGCUUUAUUUUUUCCUGCGUGGUAAAACUGACAUUUCAUCAAUAAAUAGUGUCUUUUUUCCA